AUGAGAACGAUCGAUGAGGACGCUGGUAAGGCGACGGCGACGAACGAUGCGUUGAAAACGGGUGAAGAGGAUGAUGAUUCAAACGCGACGACGACGACGACGGUGACGACGACGACGAUGCGGGCGCUGGACGACGAUGCACGACGAAGUAUUUUGGCGUGGUAUGAUGCAAACAAGCGCGAACUUCCGUGGCGAGUGAUGACGAGGAGACGACGACGGGUAAAGGUUGAGGUUGAGGCGGAGGCGGAGGCGGUAACCGUAGCGGACGCGGCGCGGAUGUGGACAGAACGAGCGUUUGAAGGAGAGACGAGCGACGGUGAGGCGAGCGUUAUGGGUGACGAUCAAUACGCGUACGGGGUGUUGGUGAGCGAGAUCAUGAGUCAGCAGACGCAGAUCGACCGCGUGGCGGAGUAUUGGACGCGAUGGGUCGCGCGGUGGCCCACCGCGCGCGCGCUCGCCGAGGCAUCGCAAGAGGACGUGAAUGAGGAGUGGGCGGGGUUGGGAUACUACAGAAGGGCUGGUUUUCUGUUGAAAGGGGCGAAGUACGUGAGUGAGGACCUCGGGGGGAGGUAUCCGCGAACGGCAGCGGAGCUCUUGAAGAUUCCAGGCGUCGGCCCGUACACCUCAAGCGCGGUGUCGAGCAUCGCCUUCGGCGAGCGCACGGCGGCGGUGGACGGGAACGUCCACCGCGUGCUGACGCGCGCGAGACUCAUCAAGGGGGAUCCGACGAAGGGCGAGACCGCAAAGGAGCUUCGUAGAGUCGCGGACGCGUUCGUGGACGCUGAAAGAUCAGGGGACUUCAAUCAAGCGAUGAUGGAGCUCGGAGCUACGGUUUGCACUCCGACAAAUCCAAAGUGUGCGCAGUGUCCGAUCGCAGCCUGGUGCGAGGGCUUGAGCAGAGAGCGCGAGACAAGCGGCGUUUUCAAGGUCACAGAGCUCCCAGAGACGGCAAAGAAGGCGGAGAAGCGUCAGGAACAGCGCGCGUACGUUGUCCUUCGACGAGGCACGAAGGAGGCGGGCUUCGAGUACUUGCUCUCGAAACGGCCCGAGGGUGGUUUGUUGAGCGGGCUCUGGGAGUUCCCAAACUCUCUCAUCGCGACCGAAACCGACGACGCGUUCGCGAAUCGCCCGAAAUCGGACGUCACUGAGGCUCAUGAGGCCAUCUGUGACGCUCUCGUAGCGUCGUCCACUCAUCGACGCAUCGAAGCCGUAUCCGGCAAGGCGGCGCACGUCUUCUCGCACGUGCGUCAGGUGAUGCACUACCAACUCGUGCACGUCGAGACCGCGGACUGCGAACAUUCGAACGAGUUGAUUUCAGUUGAUUUUCCCAACGUCAAGUGGUUCCCCGCUCGGGCGUUCGAGGAGUCGGGCAUCUUCACCUCGGGCGUCGCCAAGGUGUACGCCAAGUGCGCGCGCGGCGAGGUCAAGCACUCUGGCGCGCAGAAGCGCAAGUUCGGCGUCAACCGCACGGACGAGGACUCGCAGAAGACGAUUCGUUCGUUUUUCACCCCUAGAGUCGAUCGAACCGACGUCACCGUCAGAGACGCCGAGGAUUUGACAUCCGCGUAG